UGCCUGCUGUGUGACUGUGUUGUAAGCCGUGCGUGCUUAGAGCAAGAGCGCCUGCCUGGUACUGCCCACGGCCGGACGCGUUCGGCGCAUACGGCGUUUGACUGGCCCCCAUCGGCGCGCGUGUUGGAUUACGUGAUGGCCUUCCGCGCAGCAUCAGCACAGCGCGUCCGGUGCAUGUGGUGACAUCCGCCGGCUUGGAGAUCGCUGCGUGCCAGACUAUCCCGCAAUGCGCUGACAGCCGUCGGCGGCGGCGUGCGACAUGUGCGACAUGGAAUCCAGCGAUCGUCCCCGCGUCGGCUUCUGGUGGGGCGACAAAAAGAGCCGCGAACUGAGCACCGAGGACUUCAAGCAAGCCUGCGCAUCCCAUGGGCUGGAACUUGUAAAGUUGGACCUGACCAGGCCCCUUGAGGAGCAGGGACCACUGGCAGCCAUUGUGCACAAGUUCUGCGACAUCCUUGUCCGUGCUGACCAUGGUGACAGCGAGUGCCAGCACAUCACAGCCGAGUUUGAGCGCUUUUGCCGGGCCCACCCGAGCGUAGUGGUCGUCGACCCCCUGGAGAAUGUGCGCAAGGUGCUCAACCGCUUCCACCAGUACCGCCUGGUCGAGCAGAGCCCCUUGGCCACAACAGAUUGGAUAUUUGUGCCGCCCUUUGUGGAGCUCAGUGGAACAAACGUGGAGGCCGAUCGGGCGGUGCUUCGAGAGCGAGGCGUCCAGUUCCCUAUUGUGUGCAAGCCGCUUGUGUCGCAUGGCAUGAAGAAGGCCCACCAGAUGUGCCUGGUGUUUGGCGAGCAUGGCCUGGCCGAUCUGCAGGGUCCCUGUGUGGCCCAGCAGUUUGUGCCCCACGAGGGACGUCUGCUCAAGGUGUACGUGCUGGGACAGCGCUACCACCUCACGUGGCGGCCGUCACUUAAGGACUUUGUGGCCAACAACUCGCCAACGAUCUUCUUCAACAGCCAGGAUGUUUCCAAGCCACACUCCAGCUCUCCACUCAAUGCCCAAGCUGCUCUGGAUGGGGUGCCCAUGCCAUGCCCACGAAAACUCCGGUUUAUGGUGGACACGAUGCGGCAGCAGCUCGGUCAGCGACUCUUUGGCAUCGACAUCAUCGCCGAGAAGGACACGGGGCGGCUCUGCAUCAUCGACGUCAACAACUUUCCUGGCUACGACGGGGUGUCAAACUUCCUGGACCAGCUGAGCGGCAUGCUUGCUGAGCUUGUUGGCUCCGAGCUACCAGACUCUGGCAUCGACACCUCCGAUUCGUCUGAUGAGACCCCUCGGCGACUGCACCACUGACCGAUAACUCACUGACCUUCCGACACAAGCACGUGCACGUCGCGUUCGGCAUGCAACAUGCGCGCGGCACGCGAACUCCCCACAAUGGCCGCCAGGGGCAGCGCGUCCUGGCGGCAGAAGAGGCUGGUGCAACCGCUGUUUCCAGUGGCUACCAUGCGACAGAGCUCCGGGUAGAACUGUGGCAAUGUCGGAAGCUCAUAGAAGACGAGGCGCUGCACACCCUUGAUUCGGUAACGGCGGUAGAAGUGGAACCGCUCCGUGUACAGCAUCAGUCGCCGUCGGCCGGUGAAGAAGACUCCUCGCGCUCGAGACACCUUGGCGUCCGACGUGUACUCGCAGAUCUGGCAGAAGCUGGCAUCGAGCGAGCGCAGGUGGUUGCGCAGCCGGACGAAGUCGAAGUACGAGCGUACAUACACCAUGCAACCCUGAGAGCCCUCUCGCAGCAGCGGUGGCAGCACCUUCUCCGUGAAGAAGCGGAAACGUGCUUCGGGCACGUCGGCAACAGAGGCCGUCUGGAACCGCUGGAACACUUGGGCCAGGGAAACGGUCACCUCUGUUUAAAAAACAAGAAGGUUGCAGAAAUUAAUGAAAACUUUUGUGACAGCCAAAACACCAUUCACGUUUUAAAGAAAAGUACACAGAGUCUAGUUCCAAGAUGGAUCAACUGCCAAAACACCGUACUGUCCCUAGGUCCGGAUCAACCAUGCUCUAUUCUAGUGCAACCUGAAGUGGCAAAGUGCUGCAGUCCAGCCCAGCAAUUGUGUCCACACUUCGUGACUGUGUUGAAUCUCUUUAUAUAUAAUGAAACAAAAUGCAGAAGGCAGCUUUGUACAGUGGCUUCCUCAAGUACAUUAAAUGUGUUGGCACUGUA